AUGGAUACGGAUGCGGACACAGAUAUUUAUUUUUCCCCGGAUAUCAGCGGAUACGGACACAGAUAUCCGGAACAUCAUUCUAGGAAACAGUGGCGCAGUGAGAGGGGAGGCGGGGCUUUCGGGGAGCUUCUACAAGUAGAAUCCUGCCCUGGAACGACUGCAGCAUUGCCGUGCCCCGCCCUUACUCCUACCGAAAAGGACGAUCGAUCCCUAGCAGCCUUCUGGUACAAGGACGACCAUGUAACUCCUUUCUACAUGGUAGAUGCCCGAGGAAGUGCUUCCACCGAAAAGGGCAUCCACCGGCAGCUGUCGGCCCUGGGCCUCCGGGCCAGUUUCAACGUGUCCGGCAUCCCAGCCAUGUUGUACCUGGAUGUUGAAUCGAAGGAAGAUGCAGGGGUCUACGUGUGCAGAGUGGACUCCUUCAAGUCUCUCACUAGAACGUCUACGGUAGAGCUGAAAGUUUUAGCACCUACACCCAAGUUGAAAAUAUACGAGGGGGAAAAGGAACUAUCUGAUGUUGCUGGUCCCUAUAAAGAAGGAUCUGAUUUGGAGUUGACUUGUGAACUUACGGGUGGUGAUUCGAGUCCAAUGCAAGUGCUUUGGAUGAUACGGAACAACGUUGUCGACUCGACAUUCAAAGUGCUGCCCAAUGGACGUAUGAAGAACGAUUAUUUGAUGCGCAGCUUGGAGCGAAGCCUCUGGAUGAUUCCCAUCGCAUGUGUUGCCAUCAGCAGAGAACAAAUGAAUUCCACCAGUGAACCAUUACUUGCUGCAGCCAUCCAGCUAGAUCUCUUUUUGAGACCUUUAAGCGUCCGGAUCACACCUUCACAUGGCACCUGUCAAGAGGGCUCGCUAUUAGAACUCCGCUGCCGGACAUGGGGCUCUCGCCCUCCAGCUGAUAUCACCUGGUGGAUGUCAGGCUUUCGGCUCCUGAACACGUCCGGAUACAACUCCGAUUCCGAGUCCAGUUUCAGCUUCGUGUCUCUGAUUCCGUCUGCAGCUGACCAUGGGAAGAUAGUGACAUGUCGCGUUGAAAACUCGAGACUUCUUGGAAGUGUGCUGACGGAAAAUAUCACACUCAAUGUGACUUUUCCUCCAAAAGUGUCUUUAUCUCUGAAGACUUACAGUAGCAGCUCCAUUUCAGAAGGUGACACAAUAGCUUUGCUGUGUAAAGUCCUUGCAAAUCCAACCACUGGACCUGUUCAGUGGUCUUUUUCGAAAGAAUCGUCAAUUGGGCCUACGACGGAAGAGUAUCCCAAAACUGGGCCUCAUACCCUCAUACUGGAAAGACUGGAGCCAUGGCACAAGGGAAGCUAUAAGUGUAAGGCAGCUAAUAAUGAGGGCGUUGGGGAAAGCAAUUCGCUUUGGCUUGCUGUGAGACACCGACCCAUCUGUCGAGCAGGACAGCAAGUCUCCUAUGGUGCUUAUUACGGUGAGACACUCUACAUACGAUGCGAAGUAGAAGCUGAGCCCGGAAGUGUCUCUUUCCAUUGGAGUUUUGCAAACACUCAAGUUCAUCACGACAACAUUACAUUCCACAGCAAGGCCCUGAGAAGCAUUGCCACGUACACUCCCACUAAAGAUGUCCACUUGGGGUCUCUCUUCUGUUGGGCGAACAACAGCGCUGGCGAACAACAUGUGCCAUGUACCUUCACGGUAUUCAGACCUGCGAAACCCAACCCCCCUAAAAACUGUCAAACGACGAACCGGACUGCGACAUCGUUUUUAGUCAUCUGCGAGGCCGGUUAUGACGGAGGUGCGCCCCAGCAGUUCUAUUUCCGUGCCAAGAUUAAAGGAUCUCCAGAACAAGGGAUCACUUUACACGCUCCGAUCCCUGUGUUCUAUCUGACGAGUCUGCCCUCCGGAGCUACGUUCACUGGAUCUGUCGUUGCAAAAAAUAAAAUGGGUCAGAGUGAUCCGUUCCAGUUUGAAACUACCACACUCUACAGCAAAAAUAAAGAUCACAUUUCAUGGAAAGUGAACAGAAGCUUGCUGAUCUCAUUCGUUUUAGUUCUUAUAAUUGCUGUUGUAACGAUGGCAACUGUGGCGUCUCUGAGAAGAUCGCAUCCAUUUUUGUUAUAA